AUGCGGGGCCCAGAUCGGACCACAGCGUCGUCAUACAAAGGCCGUCGAAUGCUUCCCUUGGCAGAGGAGCUUGAGAGGAUCGUCACGUUCCUCAAAGCCGAGGACGUGGACCGUUGCGUUGACUGGAAGACCAACUUUGAAGAAGUGGUAUCGUAUCUCGAAUGGCUUGCCCAUGGUGACGAAGACCAUCAACUGCAAAAUGCCGGCCUCUCGACGCGGACCAUCUUCGACGAUGCCGUCACCAAGGCAAAGGCCCACGCCUUGUUUGAGAAGCAUUGUUACGACCCGGUACCCUUGGACAUCAGCAGCUUGAAGCUGCCCAAGGGGGCCCUGCUGUCGACAAGGCUGAGAUGGAUGGCAAAAGCAAGCGACUGGCCUCUCCCCUGCCACAGCCCAGUCCCUGACCAGAGCGAGCUCCUGCCAAGGGCGAUUCCCCCGCGCCCACCAAGCCCCGUAAACAGAAUCUUGCUCGACAACCCCGACAGCUCGGAAUGCUAUAAGACUUUCACCAAGGAUGAAAAGAAGUGGUGGGAUAGAAUUGGCGGCGCUUUGCGUACGAUUCCGACAGACGCCUCGCGUCUGGAGCGCAACAACCUCGCCUAUAUCGAAUCCCAGGCAUUCGAUGCCUUUUCCGCCAGGGACAGUAUUGGCUGGAUCCGCCGUGACCCGGCAACGGGGAUGACCCUCCUCCCUGACGACACGUUGGUGGCGGCGGGGAAUGCCCAGCACUGGGCUAGAGAGCGCGGGGCCCGCCGGGCAGGACUCCAGCAGAUGCUGCGCGCGUUCCGCAACCCCAACGCGCGAAUUGAGCUCGACCGACCCAGGCCCGGACUGGUCUUUCCAGUCGACGCCGCCACGCUGCGCGCAGUGUGUCGGAGCGUCAACGGGCCGCAGUGGACGCCCAUCGCGGUAGACAAGAGCCUGCUGCCCGGGAAUUCAGCGGAAGGGCCUUGGGAAUCAAUGGACCCGAUGCACACGACGGUCUACUGCGUUAGCUACUUCGAAACAUUGAGAAAGAUUCGGGAGCGCGCCAUGCUGGCGAUGGAGGCGGCAAGCACGCUCCCGGUGAAGCUGCCCAAGAACCUGGCCAACGGCGGGCCUUUUGUCUGGCGCGCCAUUGACUCGGAAGAGCAGGCCAGACAGGACCUCCCGCGUGAGUGUCUCAAGACGCUCCGAAUCCUCAAGCAGGCAAACCGCCGCGCGCCGCGUCCGCUGCUGCAGGAGGUGCUCGACCAGGCCAGCCAGGCGCAGAAAGGGGGCUUCGACUUUCAGCAGAAGAUCCCCGGGGUAAACCUUGCGAGCGACGAGUGGGAGCAGGACGGAUCCGAGAGGCACCCGAGGCCUCUCGAUAGCCAAGAGAUCCAAUGGCUGAGGUUCCUGGCCGGCGAGUGUGUCAACGCCAAGACGUGGAAUGGUCGCUUCGUCCCGGACACGCCAAGGGAGAAGUACAGGCUGUUCCUCAUAUUCGCCAGGCGGGUGCAGAAACUGUUGGACGACAAGAAACCAAAAGCCCUGUUCGGUCGAGCCGAUGCCAGGGUCGAAGUUGAGCAGCUGUUGGCUGCCAUCAAGGCCGGAAAGGAUAGCAGCCCCGUCACCAAGUGCGAGUUCCAGCCCUUCGAUGCCUGCAGCUGGCUUGACAGGAUGGACAAGAGUGGCCAUGUCAGAUUCUACCUUGAUCCGGCAUGCUAUGGUGUCGUGCAGCGGCCGCCGGCGGAGUACUUCCCCGAGCAUCGCGUGCUCUGGCCCAAGAAGCAAGACCCCAACGUGCGUCCCAGCUACCUGGGCUACAUUGCCGACUGGCGCGACGUCGUGCCGGGUGGCAAUAGCGAAGGCGGCGCACUGCCAGACAUUGACAAAGGGAGCGCCAUCUAUAACUUCUUUGCCUCGCUCGGCUUCCGCCUGGGACACACCAUCUACGCGACAACGACGACGACGAGCACGACACCAAUCAUCACUCGGCACCUCCGCUCGCACCUCCGCUCCGCCAUCUUGGAGUGGGACCACGCAUGCAAGAGCGCCCGUCACACGCCCGAGCCCAAACCCCCGACCAAGGAACGACUGACCACGCUCCGCACGGCCAUCAUCGACGAGCUGUCGGCCAACGCCACCAUGCUGCACCCAAGCCGCAGACGCGAACGCCUCAAUCGACGCACCAACCAGUCCGACGACGGCGAAACGGCCGACGACCUGGUGCGCGACCACAACUGGGACUGGGCGGCGCUGGGGUCCGACGACGGGCAGCGAAGCAACGAGCAGCGGCAGCGACAGCGGCAUCGACAAUUCUGGUCCAUCGACCGCUGGCCGGCGGCGGCGGCCCAAGUGAAGCAGGAGCGAGAGGAGCCGCCGACCAUGACCAUACGGGCGCUUCAGCCGGACGACGUCAUGGCAGCUGCGCAGGCGGCGGACCCGACCGACCGGCGCUACAUGCGGCCCAAGCUGAGGCCGUACGGGGAGGAGGACAAAGUGCUGUACCGGCCCGGUCCGGCCGUCUAUCCGAUUGGAGAUACCAGGCUGCAGCGGCUGGCUGUUGAGAGGCGGAUUACUGAGAUGCCUACCGCCACCGCUACACUGGUCAACGCCCUCUCCUCCUGGCUUGUUAACCCUCUCUCGCGCUUCGCCUGGAAAGAGGAGAAGAAGGCAGCAAAAUAUCGUGCGGACGAGGACCCGGAGGGCGGCAAGCUGCCUCCAGUCAGUCUCGACCAGGUUCCGCGCAGCUGGGACCCCGAGGGCGAAUGGGAGCGUCGCAUGCAGCAGGAAGCACCAGCAGCAGCAGCACAGAAUGAACAGCAAGAUGGUGAUCAGGAUGUGGAUAUGCAAGAGGACGAGGAUGAGGACGAGGACGGGCUCAAGAAUGUGGAUGUGGCCAUGACCGGUAUGGGGCAAGCAUGA